AUGUCCAAGGCUGGCGGCUACUUCCGCACGGGCAUGUCCUUUGUCGACAAGCUUGCUGGCGAGAAGCCACACUCUUCCAUCACCGACUGGGUGGAGGUCCUCUCGUCGGACAGGUACGAGGAGCUGUCGCUGGACGGCAUCCCCGAGCUGGUCGAGAGCAUCAACCUGCAGCGCGACGUGGGCACGACCGAGGCCGCGCGCGCGAUUAGGAAGAAGCUCAAGUAUGGAAACGUGCAUCGCCAGCUCCGUGCCCUCGUCAUCCUCCGCGCCCUUACCGAGAACGCCGGCAAGGGAUUCCAGCACAACUGGGCCGACAGCCAGAUCCUUGAGCGUCUCGAGACCAUGGCCACGGACUCGCUUCUCGACCCCAAGGUGAAAAAGCGCCUCAUCCUCGUGUUCCAUGCCUGGUCGCUGCACUAUGCGGUAGGUUACUUCGAUCCCAUCAAUGCGGUGCUAACCUGUCAGGAUGACCCCCGCAUGUCUACGGUUGCUGGCUUGUACAGGAAGUACCACGGCGGACCUGCUACGCGUCACGCAACCGUUGUGCCUGCUGCCAAGGACACAUCGACAACAUCUGCGGCUCCCGAGACUCCCUUCAGCGACCCGUUCUUUGACCACAGCUGGGAGCCCGCUGCUGGUCAGCGCGGCGCCGACACGUACACGGACCUGGCGUCGGCCAAGGCCGAUGCCGAGGAACGCAAGCGUGAGCGUGAGGCGCGCAUCGCUUUGGAGCACCGUGAGGCGGAGAUUGAACGCCGUGAGCGUGAUCUCAAGCGCAAGCAGGAGAUGGCAACUGUCGAGGCUCGCCGCAAGCGUGAGGCAGAGGAGGAGGCCGAGCGUCGACGCGUCGCCAAGGAGACGCGCAAGAACCAGGCCAAGCAGCCCAAACGCCCCACGUUCAACUUUGACAAGGAAAAGCCCAAGAUCAUGGUCGUGGUCGCCGACGCGCUGCAGGCUGCCAACUCGCUCAUCAACUCGUGCCGUCUCAUCAACCGCGAGGUCGAGAAUGUUACAGAGUCGCCUCGCGUGCAGGACAACCUCGACAAGGCCAAGGCUGCCCGUCGCCAGGUUAUCCGCUUCAUUCAGCUCGUCACUGACGAGGACACUCUUGGCACGCUCAUCGACGCCAACGAGAGGAUUGUCGUGGCCAUCCAGCUGUACGACAAGCUGUCCAAGCCCGCGGCACUCGACUCGGACUCGGACCACGAGAAGGACCCCAGGGCCGCCGAGGACGCCCAGCAGGUCGAGCGUAUCCGCCAGCGUCUCGCGGCGUCCAAGCUCGAGUCGCAGCGUACGGGCGAGCUUGAGGCUCUCCAGGUGGCCCAGAAGGCUCAGUCAGUCAAGGCUGCGGCUCGUCGCACAAACACGGCGGACACGUCCCGGAGCGGCAAGGCCCCUGCGUCAGGCGUCAUGGCCGACCUGCAGGACCUCGACUUUGGCUCCAUCUCCAACACCCGUGCCGGCAACUUGCCCCCGCCUAUGCGUCCCGACUCGGAUGCUGGCAGCUACGAGGGAGGUUCGCUCUCCGACUUUAGCGAGUACGAUUCGAGCGAGGACGAGUGGCAGCAAAAGCACAGUCGCCAAACCUCGCGCCAGUACGACUACGACUCGUAUACGAACAAACACGCCUCGGGCUCGGGUGCUGCCUCGUCGUCGCGCCACCCCGACCCCGCGGCGUACGCUGCCCUCGACGACGAUGGAGCCGGCUCCAAGGGUCUGCUCGACCCCAACGACCCCUUCGGCGACCCCUUCGCGGACGAGAACGAUACGCCCAAUGUCGAGAAGGUACGCAUGGAGUGGGCUGCCAUCUAG